AACAUGUCAAAUAAUGCAACUGUUCAGUUGAAUAAAAUAGAAAGGUUUGUGUUCAAAAUAUGACACUAACAUGAAGUCCUGAAAUUUAUGACUGCUUUUCAUGGGGACGGAGCAAGUAAUGGAAAGAGCCUAGCAAGGAUUUAUAUCUCACUGGAUGCCAACAUAAACUAGUCUCCAGGUUGGAUUAGUGAUGCUGAUGGAACUUUGCGGGUCCAGCAAUUUUCAAGUUAUACUUUUGGGCCUCAUCAUGAUGCCUGCAGUCCUGGCCGCUAUGGACAGCCAAGGUGAGAAGAUGACAGGGUCAGGAUAUUGGUGGUGCUUGCGGGCAGACGAGAGCCUACAAGCAGCCUUUCAUGAACUUGAGAAGGACCCUUCCUACUGGGACUCAAAAGCAAAGGCAACACUGGAUGCUGCGCUGAAGCUCCAUCCUCGACAACACCGGGCUAAAAACCUCAUUCUAUUUCUUGGUGAUGGGAUGGGUGUGUCUACAGUUUCAGCAGCACGUAUCCUGCGAGGUCAGAAUGAGGGCAGGUCUGGAGAAGAAACGGUGCUGGCCAUGGACACCUUCCCAUAUGUUGCCCUCUCUAAGACCUACAGUGUGGAUAAGCAGGUUGCAGACAGCGCCAGCACGGCCACGGCCUAUCACUGUGGGGUGAAGGCCAACGCCAAGACAGUUGGACUCAGUGCCAAAGCAGUGGCCUAUGAGUGCAACACUACUUUUGGAAAUGAGGUCUACUCAGUACUACGACGUGCAAAAGCCGAAGGUAAAUCAGUGGGUAUUGUGACCACCACACGUGUUCAGCAUGCCUCACCAGCUGCAGCCUAUGCCCACUCUGUCAGCCGCAGCUGGUACAGCGACGCAGAACUUCCUUCCAGUGCUAAAAAACAUGGAUGCGUGGAUAUUGCUACCCAACUGGUCACCAACUUUGACAUUGAUGUGAUUCUUGGGGGAGGAAGGAUGUACAUGACGCCAAAAGGCACUCCUGACCCUGAGUAUCCUACCUCCUCUUCUCGUAAGGGAACCCGCAAAGACAAGAAAAACCUUAUAGAUGUGUGGUUGAAUGCUAAACCGAACAAGAAAUCACUGUAUGUUUGGCAUAAGAAGGAGUUUGAUGAGAUAAAUGUGAAAACUACAGAUCGUCUUAUGGGUCUUUUUGAAGCAAAGGACAUGAGAUUUGAUGUUUUCCGGAAUACCACACGAGACCCAUCGAUUGUGGAGAUGACUGAAAAAGCAAUUCAAAUCCUCAAGAAGAAUCCAAAAGGAUACUUCUUGUUUGUGGAAGGAGGGAGAAUUGACCAUGGACACCAUGAUGGCAUUGCAAAACUGGCACUGACUGAAGCUGAGAUAUUUGAUCGCGCAAUUGAACGGGCAGCUCAAAUCACCAGAGAGUCUGACACGCUGACAGUUGUAACUGCAGACCACUCUCAUGUCUUUACCUUUGGUGGUAACACACCUCGAGGAAACCCCAUUUUUGGUCUGGCGCCAAAGAAAGCAGAUGACGAAAUGCCUUUUACCAGCAUCCUUUAUGCCAAUGGCCCGGGUUAUGUGCAUGUAAAUGGAACCAGAGGGAACAUCACAAUGGUGGAUUACUUGGAUGAAGAGUACAUGCAACAGGCCGCUGUACCAUUGGAUGCUGAGACACACGGCGGAGAAGACGUAGCCAUCUACGCUAAAGGUCCGAUGGCUCACCUGUUUCAUGGAGUGAAGGAGCAGAACUAUGUAGCACACGUUAUGGCUUAUGCAGCCUGUUUGGAGCCAUACAAAAACUGCCCUCCUUACCAUCACAUGUCUGUUCGCACUUUCUCAGCUGGAAGUGUGAACAGACAUUUAGACCUUUUGUUGAACAUGCUUGUCCUUCUCUGGUUUUUAAGAUGACCUACAUCCACACACAUACGUUGAAACUGUUACGAUUAUUUGCAUGCAAUAAAAGAAAGACGAUGGAUUAA